AUGGCGCAAACAAUAACCAAUUCGGGUCAUGAUGAUAUGAUUCACGAUGCAGCUUUAGAUUAUUAUGGUCGCAGACUGGCAACAUGUUCGUCGGAUCGUACAGUAAAGAUCUUUGAAAUCGAAGGGGAAACACAUCGUCUUACAGAAACACUGAAGGGCCACGAAGGAGCCAUCUGGUCCAUUUCCUGGGCUCACCCCAAAUAUGGUAACAUCCUCGCCUCCGCAGGCUACGACGGCAAAGUUCUCAUCUACCGCGAAACCUCAUCGGUAUGGACGAAAAUCUACGAUUUCGCUCUGCACACUGCAUCCGUCAAUUCUCUGUCCUGGUGUCCCCAUGAAUCCGGAUGUCUCCUCGCUUGCGCAUCCUCGGAUGGAAAUGUUUCGGUUCUAGAAUUCAAGGAUAACUCCAUGGACCAUAAGAUUUUCCAUGCGCAUGGUAUUGGUGUGAAUAGUGUCUCUUGGGCGCCAUCUUCGCAGCCGGGUAGUUUGGUCAGUGCGAAUGCGGGAGGAAAGGAAGGUGGUGUGAGGAGAUUUGUUACAGGUGGAAGUGAUAAUCUUUUAAGGAUUUGGGGCUGGGAUCAAGCUAGUUUGAGCUAUAAGGUUGAAGGGGCUCCAUUACAGGGACAUGGCGACUGGGUUAGGGAUGUUGCGUGGAGUCCUACGGUUUUGCAAAAAAGUUACAUAGCAUCCGCUUCCCAAGACAAAACCGUGCGCAUCUGGACCUCAUCCGCAGCUUCUAGCCCAGGUCAAUGGGAAUCUAAAGUUCUCCAAUUUGAACGCGAAGUCUGGCGCGUAUCGUGGAGUUUGAGCGGAAACGUAUUGGCAGUUAGUGGAGGUGAUAAUAAGGUUUCUUUAUGGAAGGAAAAUUUGAGGGGCGAGUGGGAAUGUGUUAAGGAGAUUGAGGAAUAG